CAGACAUGUUGCUGGACUCAGUGAUCUCCUGCAGGUGAACGUCUUCAUCUUGGGAAAAACGUUCCUCGCACUGUCAAGAGAGCUCUGCAUCAACGCCCCGGCUAUAGACCCGUGCCUGUACAUCCCUCGCUUCGCACAGCUGCUGGAGUUUGGGGAGAAGAACCACGACGUGUCCAUGACGGCGAUGAGGCUGGUGCAGAGGAUGAAGAGGGACUGGAUGCACACGGGACGAAGGCCGUCGGGACUCUGUGGAGCAGCUCUUCUUGUAGCCGCUCGUAUGCACGACUUUCGCCGCACCAUCAAAGAAAUCGUCGGCGUUGUAAAAGUGUGUGAAUCCACGCUAAGAAAACGACUGAUAGAGUUUGAGGACACGCCCACCAGUCAGCUGACCAUCGAGGAGUUCAUGAAGAUGGAUCUGGAGCAGGAGUGUGACCCGCCCUGCUUCACAGAGGGUCUGAUCAAGAAGAAAGUCAAAAAUUACGGAAUCGAUGUCAAGGCGAAAGAUAACCACGGCCAGACGGCGAUGAAGCUGGCCACAAAGAACGGGAGCAAAGGGUGCAUCGAUAUCUUGCUCCAGCACGGCUGCCCCAGCGAAACGUCGCCCUCCACUGCCACGCCCGUCCUCUCCCGCCGCUCCAGCACCGCCAGCCUGGGCCGCACCAGCUCCAGGAAACGGGUCUCGUAG